CGGUGCCCGCCAGCCCCGGGCUGUCUGUCCGCGGGUGGGAGGGCGCCAUGGAGGCGCCGCCGCCCGCGCCGCGCAGCCGCCUUUGCCGGGCCUUUGCAGCCGGUGCCGCGGCUGCGGAUUCCCAGGGCUUUGCGGAGGAUCGCGAGCCGCGUGCGCCGCGUUCAUGUGUCUCAGAGCCCGGUUCCCCGGAAUCCGGAUGGGACCGCCUCCGGCAGCUGUUUGUCAAAGAUGAACAACAGAGAAUUCCAAAGGAAGUUGAGUAUAUCUGCAGAGCAGCUGUUUCAGCAGGCAUCAUUGGCUGGGCAUAUGGAGGAAUACCUGCUUUUAUUUAUGCUAAAAACCGCUAUAUUGAGCAGAGUCAAGGGGAGGUUUAUCAUAACCGCUUUGAUGCUGUGCAAAGUGCACACCGAGCUGGCACGAGGGGCUUCCUUCGGUAUGGCUGGCGUUGGAGUUGGAGAACUGCAGUCUUUGUGACCAUAUUCAACACAGUGAAUACUGGACUAACUGUGUAUCGAAAUAAAAGUACCUUAAGCCAUUUUGUCAUUGCUGGAGCUGUCACAGGAGGUCUUUUCAGGGUAAACUUAGGUAUUCGAGGCCUGGUAGCUGGUGGUAUAAUUGGAGCUUUGUUGGGUACGCCUAUGGGAAGCCUGAUGAUGGCACUGCAGAAGUACUGUGAUGAGACAGUUCAGGAGAGAAGACAGAAGGACCAGAAGGCACUCCAUGAGCAGAAGCUGCAAGAGUGGAGAAGAAAACUGCAACUCACCGAGCUCCUCCCUGAGGAAAUUGAAUCUGGCUUAGAGAAGAUUCGGCCUGAGGAAAAUGCUCAGAGAAUCCAGGAGCUGCUAAACCUCCCUAGGAACCCUCCACCGCCAGAUAAACCAAACAAAGACUGAAUAGAGGGCUCUGUGUGUGUAGGAAUGCCAGUGCCGGGCAACUCCUUGUGAACCUGACAAAUGUGAGUGCUGGCACCUGUGGUAGCAGUGACUUGCCUCUUACCUCUUCUCUCUUCAGAUCAAGAAUUAGGCAACCAAAGCUGGGUACCACACUGUAAUCCCAACUGCUUGUAAGGCUGAGAAAAGAAGAUGAUAUGAGGCCAGCUUGAGCUACAUAAUGAGACCCUGUCUCAAAAAUAUAUACCUGCAAAAAACACAACAGAUACAAAAACAACCCAAAGAAUUGGGUUACAUUUCCCUAUCGAUACCGAUCAUUGAUCCAUCUGAACACUUACAUUUCCCCAUCUUACUAGAUUUUAUACAAGUAAAAUAUUUCCCAAAAGAAUAAAAUUGGGUUGUCUGGAUUGCC